GUGUAUGAACUUGAGGAGUAGAGGUUUAUCAAGCCUUGCUCCCAUUGUUGAAGACAUUUCUGCACUUGAGAGGGAGAUUGUGAGAAGAAGAAGGGAAGAAGAGCAACAGGCUCACAUUCAGAGGUUGGGGUUUGACAUGGAGAACCUGCCUCAAGAUAGAGCUGCUGAAGAUGGUCAAGGAGCUGCCAACCUUGGACCACGACAUCCACAGCGCCAAGCUAGAGCAAUUGGUGCCCAUGAUCAGCCUAACAUCCAUGGAAAUAGGGCUGGCAUUAGAGCACCAGCUGUGGAGAACAACAACUUUGAGAUCAAGUCAAGCUUGAUCAACAUGAUCCAAAGCAACAAGUACCAUGGGCUUGCUUUGGAAGAUCCUCUAGAUCACUUGGACAACUUUGAUCGGCUGUGUGGCACCAUCAAGAUAAAUGGUGUUUCUGAAGAUGCAUUGAAGCUUAGGCUGUUUCCAUUCUCUUUGGGAGAUAAAGCUCACACAUGGGAGAAGGGUCUCUCAAGAGAUAGCAUCCGAACAUGGGAUGAGUGCAAAGAAGCCUUCCUCACCAAGUUCUUCUCUAACUCAAGAACUGCAAAGCUUAGGAAUGAGAUUUCAGGAUUUCAACAAAGGAAUCUAGAAGGUUUUGGUGAAGCAUGGGAACGAUUCAACAGCUACAUUGCUCAGUGUCCUCAUCAUGGUUUCACCAAGGAAAGCUUGCUUAGCACCUUCUACAGGGGAGUUCUCCCAUCUUGCAGAAAUAGGCUUGACACAGCUAGCAAUGGUUUCUUCCUGGGCAGAACUGAGCAGGAUGCAGAGGAGCUGGUGGAGAACAUGGCAAAGAGUGACUCAGUUUACAAUGAGGAGUAUGAUAGAGCAAGCAGAGAAAGGAGCCUAACUUUCAGUACAACAACUACCAGCCGAGGUCUUAUCAAAAACCAGCAAGGAGGAUACCAACCUAAGCAAACCACUCAACAAGGGAACUAUCAGCAAAGGCAAAAUGCCCCUCCUGGUUUUGGUAACACAAAUCAGUCUACUCAAGCUCAAGGAAGCUCAUCUCAGUCAAAGGCUCCUGAUUCAAACAUGGAGUCAAUGUUCAAGCAGAUCAUGGAAGCUCAGUCUAGAGUUGCAAAGGAUAUUGGGCAUGAGUUCAAGACAGUGCACUCCAAGAUUGACAGUACCUACACAGAGCUGAACAACAAGAUCAGGGCUUUGGAGAGCCAAUUUGCUUCUAUGAACUCUCAGCCUAGUCGCCAACAGGGAACCCUACCUGGAAAACCUGAGCAAAACCCCAAAGAAACAAUGAAGGCAAUUACUUUGAGAAGUGGUAAAGAGUUGCCUCCAAGAGUACUCACCAAGGAUGGUGAGAAACAGGGUGGGGAGGUUGCCAUCAACAUUGAUGAUGAGGUAGUAAUUGUUGAUGAGAAGGUUGAUGAGGAAAUUAUGGAAAAGAUUGUGGAAGCUAAGGGCAAAGGAAAGGUUGGAGAGGAGAAGAGAACAGUGAAGCAAGGUGAAGCUACAUCAAAAGAUACUUCUUUUGUCCCUCCUCCCUAUGAGCCUAAGUUACCUUUCCCAGGAAGAUUCAAGAAGCAACUAUUGGAGAAGUACAAGGCACUCUUUGAGAAGCAGAUGAGUGAAGUGCAGAUUACAAUGCCCAUCAUAGAUGCCUUUAUGCUUGUUCCUCAGUAUAGCAAGUUCUUGAAGGAUGCUGUGGCUGCUAAGAAGAAAGAAAUGGAAGGAAUGGUGGUUCUUACUCAUGAGUGCAGUGCCAUCAUUAAGAGGUUGACAAUCCCUAAGAAGCUAGAAGAUCCAGGAAGCUUCACUCUACCUUGUGCCAUUGGUCCCUUGAUGUUUGAAAGGUGCCUAUGUGACUUGGGAGCUAGUGUUAGUCUCAUGCCUUUAUCUGUAGCCAAGAAGCUUGGGUUUAGCCACUACAAGAAGUGCAAACUCUCCUUGGUGCUUGCUGAUCGCUCAGUGAAGUUUCCCAUUGGAAUUUUGGAAGAUCUCCCGUGA